AAAUAUAACACACCACAACCACGUUAUCUUAUCUGCAUUUAGUUAGGUAUUACACGGGUGGAUCAAAUAUACAAUGUUAACAAUCUGUUUCUCUUCGCCUUAUACAUUGGUACACGAGGGCGACGUAUAUUUAUAUAAAAGAGGUACAAGCUUCAUACAUACUUAUACCAGAUAAGAGCCAUCAGCGCUUCCCAUUUGUCUGGCCAAGUGGUUGCCGUCUAAGGCUAAUGAGGUGCUCUCCCAGGCCACUUUCCCUAAUAAAAAUAUAGCUAGAUGGCGUUGUUCAAAUUCUUCUUCUUUUGGCCGUCUAAUUUCAUGAAUUUCAGCCGGAUGCAUCUUUUAUUUUUAUCUUUGGGUAUAAAAUGAUGAUACACCCAGGUGACCCAGAACAUCUUCCGACUAUUAUUUUUCUAUUUAAAAUAGAGAAAAGUUUAUCUUUGGACUGGACCCAAAAGACUUGUAUCCCACGCGCCUAAAUCUUAUACAGAAACAAAAUGUCAAAGUCAGUCACGCACAAAUAUUAUUCAAAAAAACCUGCUUACGACCUUGGGCGUAAACUGGAAAAACUUUGAAUAAACAAUUAACUAAACAAAUAUGCGUAGUCCUUCUAGCUGUAUGAUCAAUCUCUUUUAUACAACAUCGGAUCCCAGGAGAGAUAAAUGAACCAGCCCAGUACACUAAUCACGUCGUAAAACUGUUGCGUACAUAGGGUAUUAUAGAAAUUCUAUCAAAAAUAAUUCUGUGACCGUAAAAUGCAUGGAUCCCGGCGAGUGAUAACGUUUUGCUUACUUACAACUGUUCUACCAAGCAUACUCAUUGUGUUACCAUUAUACUUGAGAAACAUUAAAUAUGCUGAUGUCAUGUAUCAAAUAUCAGACUCGGAUGUCAUACAAAUACAUAAAGGACAAUCAUCAGUAUUUUGUGAAAAACAUUCUUUGAAAAUGAACACAACCUUCAAUGCAUUCCAAAUGAGAGGGAGGCCUGAAUUAUCUGAUAAUAGAAGACACAUAAGACUGAAAAAAUCAAUGACUUUACCUGAUGACACAUUAGAAUAUUGGGGAUUUUAUCUGUUUAAAGGUGCAACCGUUGAACUUAAAGCUUGUUCUCGAUAUAUUGGUUCUAAGAUACUAGUGGUGAAAGGAGAAAGAAUAUUCAAUACUUGUGGCAUUAUAGACGGUGAUAAGUAUAAGAAGGAUCCUCCUACUGUGCAAAAUCAAGGGCAUGUUGUGAUAACAUUAGAAAACCCUGAAGAAGAAAAAGAAAAUAAAAGCAUUCCAUUAAACUAUGAUGAAGACAAUGUUGUUGAAGACGAAUCUUGGUAUGAUGAGAAAGAAAAUAAUUCUACACAUUUGGGAAAUAAUACUGAUAAAACUUUUGUUAAAUUCAGUAGUCCUGUUCAGAACGAAAUCCAGGAAAAAGGUAAACAAAGAUCCAGAAGAAAUAUUAGAAAGCCACCUUUACACAACCCAAACACUGUGUUGGAUGCUGGAGUCAAUCAUGGUGGUAAUGCUUUAAAUACCUCUGUUAAUACACCUCAAGAUUCUGUAUCCAGUUUUGAAAAUAGUUUAUAUGAUUGUUACCAUGACAAUAUGCUAAUUAACAAUUACUUCCCUCAUUCAAUGCAAUGCAAUAGUACUGACUAUUUAGAGAAAACAACAACACUAAAAGUUAUCCAUAAUGUAACAGUAGAUGGAUAUUAUUAUUAUUUAUUUUACAGUGACAAUGAUAUUGUAAGAAAUGAUAUUCACGUAAUUUUCGAUAUUUAUAAGCCUACAUUCCAGUAUGUAAAUAUGGAAGCAUCCAAAGUUUGUGUUAAUCAAACUGAGUGUGAGUUUAAUGUAAGAUUCUUUAGUGAUGAGUUAGUUAUAGUAGAAGUGCCUACAAAAGAUGGCCUAAAGAAUGACGACUCAGACACUUCCAUAUUAGUAUCUGUGUGUCAUCCAAGAAUGUCUGUCUAUAUUAUAUUCCCUAUUUCUGUCUUACUGAUGAUUCUUAUAUUUGCAUUUUUAUGAUACUUGCUAAAAGUGACAUUAUACUACAUAUUGAUCAAAAUUAACUUUAUGAGAAGUGUGAUAUUAAUUUAUUAAACUUAGUAGGUAUCUUGUUGAGAUUUUAUGAUCAUAUCUAAUUAAUUAAUAAUAAUCUUAUGAGAAUAUGUUGUCUUGUAUGUAAGUUCUAUUUAUAAGUACUGUUGCAUGGUAGAUGACAAAAUAAAAUAAGCUUUAAUAUUGA